GUUCAGCCAUUAACACACUAUUUUAAGGCUACAAUUCCCCCGAAUUAUAUUGUAAUCAAUCUAACAAGGAAAUCCCGUUUCCUUCUUUUAAUACAUACACUGUACUUGAUUGGUUUAUCGGUCUGUUUUGGGACUUGACGCCAGAUAUUUUCUUGAAUUUAAUUGAACAGUCAGUUAGUUAUUCACUGUCUCUGUGAGGAUAGCAUUGGUUCCUCGGAGCAGCAUUCACCACAGCCCGCAGACAUCAUUGGCUGCGCACGGUGUCAAUCAGAUGGAUUACCAUGAUGUCAUUGCGCUGCGGAAGGCGAUUGGCUGGCAGUCCUGCGUAAUCUCACCGCCGAGUCGCUAAGGGUUUGUUCACCAUGUUGGAUCAACUGCACAUCAUAGUUAGCCUUGUGACCAAUAGUUUGAUAAUGUCAGUGUCAACGGAGUGGCGGGGGCCCGGAGUGUAGAGCUUCAGGCGGCGGGGGGUGCUUCCUCUUCUCCGGCGAACACACUCAGCGACACCGACUCAAACGGAAGUACAGUUUGUGUGAUUUGGCGACACCGCUUUGCUAGCUCCGAGCUGUCAGGUUGAAGACUGUUUAUCUCUAGUUUGGCAGCUGGAUAAUUUAUCCUGCAUUCAACGGAUUCAACUUCCCCCCCUGCUACGAUAUCCCCUGGAUAUGUGACUAUGAGCUGCGAGACGACAGUGUGACCAGGAACAAGGCGGUCGAUGGGGAAAAUAAGUUGCCUGCCAACCGUCUGCGAGGAUUUCUCAUCUCGUCUUUUGAGUCAUGGUCUCAGCUUGGUAACUCUGUCAGAAUGACGGGGGUUUCCUUCCAGAUGCGCGCCUCGCUGGAGUGUAUUAAUAUGUGAGUAGAGUAGAGUGGAGUGGAGGACCGAGGCCUGGCCCUGCCUGCGCUCUCCUGUUGUGGCCUGGGUUUGGAUACAAGCUCCCGUGCACCGGAUCAGCAGCGUUAAUUACGGCUCGGAGAUUACCCGUGUCUGGCCUGCGCACACACUGGGAGGAGGACUCAGUUUGGCGUUAUAGAUGCGAGCCGUGUGGAGCCCCUGUGGUGAAAAGAAGACCGGAGCCGAGGCAAACUUGGACACUUUGAAAAGAUGAAUGAUCUGCUUCCCAUGUGACAGGCUUUAGAUCACACUGUUCUAUCAACACGGGGAAUCUCAUCCGGAGGGAGGGGGCGCCACCUCUAUCAUGAGUGACAUCUAGGGCCACCGACUUUUUAUUUAUUGAGGGGGGCGCGGGUUACUUUUUAGUCCAAACUUUUUAUUCAUCAUUGUUGGCAGUGAAACUGUACAUAAUUUCAGACUUGGGUGGCCAUUACUGUACUCUCAUGACAUGCUCUCCGAUAUUAGCCCCGGGCUACAGUAGCCUAAUGGUGUGAAAGCAAGAAAACUCAUUGAGAGGAAGUGGGUCAGAUCCUUGUUGGCAUUAUGAUGAGGAGGCACACCGCAAUGGUUUCUCUACCCACACUUUUAAAGUAGCAGGUGUUGUUAUUUCCACUGUUUUUAAUAGUUCUAUCAGUCGACAGAUAGCUUGCAUCACUUUUAGAGGCAGCUUCUGGCGGGUCAUUGAAUGGCUCUUUGCGGCACAACGGCUACAAAUGUUCCAAAAAUGAUGGCUGCUUACAACGGUGGCUCCUCUACAGUAGCUGCCCAUCACCCGCAUCACCACCACCAACUCCAGCACCUUCCACCUCCCCACAUGCAUCACCACCACCACGCGGGCCAGCAUCACUUGCAGCACCCGGGCUCCGCCGCCGCCGUGCACACGGUGCAGCAGCACGGCUCCACGGCUGCUGCUGCCGCUGCAGUGAUGCUCAACCCCGGCCAGCAGCAGCCCUACUUCCCGUCUCCUGCUCUGGGACAGGCUCCCGGACCGGCAGCCGCUGCGGCUCCCGCCCAGGUCCAGGCGGCCGCUGCUGGGAAAGCUCACCACCACCAGCACCAGCAGCACCACCAUCAUCAUCAGCAGCAGCAGCAGCAGCAGCACACGCUCCACCUGCAGCCGCAGCUGGACAUAGAGUCUGACAGGCCCAUCGGCUAUGGAGCGUUCGGGGUUGUCUGGUCAGUGACAGACCCCAGAGAUGGAAAGCGAGUUGCCCUAAAAAAAAUGCCGAAUGUCUUCCAAAACCUUGUUUCUUGCAAGAGGGUGUUUCGGGAGCUGAAGAUGCUAUGCUUCUUUAAACAUGAAAACGUUCUCUCUGCUCUGGACAUAUUACAACCUCCUCACAUUGACUACUUUGAAGAAAUCUAUGUGGUGACUGAACUGAUGCAAAGUGACCUCCAUAAGAUCAUCGUAUCACCACAGCCUCUGAGCUCGGACCACGCCAAAGUGUUUCUUUAUCAGAUUCUACGAGGACUUAAAUACCUUCAUUCUGCUGGCAUUCUACACCGAGACAUCAAACCUGGCAACCUCCUGGUCAACAGCAACUGUGUGCUCAAGAUCUGUGAUUUUGGCCUGGCCCGGGUGGAGGAGUCGGACGAGUCCCGACACAUGACUCAGGAAGUGGUGACGCAGUACUACCGGGCUCCUGAGAUCCUCAUGGGGAGCCGCCAUUACUCCAACUCCAUCGAUAUCUGGUCUGUGGGCUGCAUCUUCGCUGAGCUGCUGGGGAGACGCAUCCUCUUCCAAGCCCAGAGUCCCAUCCAGCAGCUGGAUCUGAUCACUGACCUGUUGGGGACUCCCUCUAUGGAGGCCAUGAGGACGGCGUGUGAAGGGGCCCGCACACACAUCGUCAGAGGACCCCACAAACAGCCAUCACUUCCUGUUCUGUACACACUGUCAGGCCAAGCCACCCAUGAAGCCGUGCACCUCCUCUGCAGGAUGCUGGUGUUUGAUCCGUCAAAGAGGAUCUCAGCGAAGGACGCCCUGGCCCACCCGUACCUGGACGAGGGUCGCCUGCGCUACCACACCUGCAUGUGCAAAUGCUGCUACACCACCUCCACCGGACGCGUGUACACCAGCGACUUCGAGCCCGUCACUAAUCCCAAGUUUGACGAUGACUUUGAGAAGAAUCUCAGCUCUGUGAGGCAGGUCAAAGAGAUCAUCCAUCAGUUCAUCCUGGAGCAGCAGAAGGGGAGUCGGGUGCCGCUCUGCAUUAACCCUCAGUCAGCUGCUUUCAAGAGCUUCAUCAGCUCCACGGUGGCUCAGCCCUCUGAGAUGCCCCCCUCCCCACUGGUGUGGGAGUAGCUGCUGCUGCGUCCUCAUCUUUCCAACACGCUGCUAGGCCCGGGAACAGGAACGCCUCUCAACGUCUUCUAUCGUCUGCGUAGCAUUUCACUGGAGAGCAGGACUCGCAGGUCUGCUGAAACAUGAAACAAAUGAAGAGAAUCCACUGAUAACUGCUUUAUAGGGGUUAAAGGAGCCCGGUAUGCAAAUGAAUGCUCUGUAGACCAAAUCAGAAUGUUUUAAACAAACUCAUCUGGUUACUUCCAGGUAGAUUACAGUUAUUGUACAUUUGUUUAGCUAUAUAUAUAUUAAUAUACAUUUAAAAAAAGAUGUCUAUUUUAAGAUUAUUGUGAUCACAAAUGGAUUCAUUUCCCUACUCAAUCAGGCCACUGAAAACUAAAUCCAACUUCUUAUUCAGACAAUCGAUUGUAAUUGUUGGUAGGCUUAAGGUUUUUCCAACUGCAAGCUCCCCGUAUUUUAUAAAAACAUGCACUUGUCACAUUGAUAUUUUAACUUAUUAAAGAUGAAUUAUUACAGGCAUGUAAUCCCCCCUGUAUCCCCGAGUGUCCCCCUGCACAGUUGGCCAUAGUUUUUAACUUAUCUCACGGUUAAUUUGCCAAAGAUCAGGAGCCUCAUGUAUAAAUGCAACACAAAAGAUGUGGGCAAUGAUAGGAUUUAUAAAAUGAUAUCCGUGUGAA